UGUACUGUGGAAAAUUGGUUCCUCAGUAGCGUCAGUACUUUGAUUUUACUAUUUAUCGGACAGGUGGUGUAUACUUAGUUAGAUUAGACCUACACUAAGUCAUUUAUAGUGAACUAUACAUUCCCAUACUGUAUAUCUUUAGCCCAUACGCAUUUUAGCGUAAAAUUAUUUUUAUGACGGCCUAUUUAAAUCUCUUAACAUUUAAAUUUUUCACUCUUGGUAAUCCCUUUUUAGUUGAAGUGUAUUUCGCAUAGCUUCAAUGACUAUCUUUGGCCAGGUGGUUUAUCGCUGUUCUACUAACAGCGACACAGCACAAUCUUAAGAAAAAAUCCAGGGUGCAUUUUAUCUGUUGCAUGCGACAUCGGAGGAUCAAUAUAACGGUUAAGCACGAGCCCCGUCUAUUAUGAAUAUAUAACCCAACUGCUACCUGUGCAUCCACAACAUCGGAACUAUACAGACUCGGGACGUCUCGUAGGAUUUUCUUUAUGAGCAGCGUGUGCUCAGUUAAUAUUUGAUCUGGUGAGUUGUGUUAAGGUAAUGAAAGACUGGAUUUAGUGAGCAACUACACGUGAGCAAUGGGAAACUGCUGUGGUGCCCCGAAGGCGGAUUACAUGGUGUAUGUUCGUACCGGGGACCUAAAAGGCGCGGGAACCAACGCUAACGUCAAAAUACGUCUGCACGACAGUGAGGGAAACGUCACGCAGGAUAUCACGCUGGAUAAUUUCUUCCGUGAUGACUUUGAAGCUGGUUCUUUGGAUACUUUCCACGUUCCAGAACUUAAGAAUUUUGGCAAUAUCAUAUCUAAAAUAGAGUUUUGGAGAGAUGACUCGGGAGUUGCAAGCGAUUGGUAUGUGAAUAAAAUUUUGGUGGAGAACCGUAAAUCCAAUGACAUUUUCGUUUUUCCCGUCUAUCGUUGGAUUAGACCAAACUAUCACUACAAAAUAGUUCAUCUUGAUACGUCAUUGCCCCAAUAUGACCCACAUGCAGAGCAACGGAAAAUGGAGUUAAGAGAGAAGUGCAAUCUAUACCAACAGUGUGUUAAAGUGAAGGAUGGUCCUUCCCAGGUGAAAGCCAUUCCGGACGACGAGCAGUUUUCUUUUGACUACAAAUGGAAUAUUGCAAAGAGGAAGCUGAAAAUGAUAGCAGACUCAAAGUUACAGCUGCUGACACAGGGCGGCAAGUGGGAGGGGAUCCAGCAUCUGACCAAGGUUUUCACUAACGCCUUCGGAGAACCUCUGGGAUGCAAGCGGUGGAGUAAUGACAUUUUCUUUGGAUGGCAGAGGAUUAAUAGUAUGAACCACUCCCUGAUAAAGCUCUGUACGGAAAUUCCCAAAAAGCUGGGAGUUAGCGACACGAUGCUGCAGCCCUUUCUGGAGGGAUGGCCGCUUCACCAAGUGAUCGAAGCCAAGCGGCUCUUCAUGGUGGACCUGGAAAUCUUACAGGACCUCCCCUGUAAGAGUGACGAUUUUGUGUGCCCAGUGCCCAUUGCUUUAUUUUUCAUCAAUGGCGACGGACGAUUGGUUCCCAUUGCCAUCCAGCUGUUCCAGCAAAAAGCAGACGACAAUCCGGUAUUCCUGCCGACAGACCCACCUUAUACCUGGAUGAUGGCCAAGAUGUGGUACAACCUUGCGGACGCUAGCUACCACCAAUCUCUCACUCACCUCGGAUACACCCACUUAAUUAUGGAGGGAGUCUGUGUGUCAUUUCAUCGCAACCUCUCGCAGUCUCAUCCCCUCUUCAAACUCCUGGCCCCACAUUUCUUAUAUCUGAUCGCCAUUAACACGCGGGGACUAGAAUUGCUGGUAGCUCCAAACGGAUGGGUGGAUAAGACCAUGAAUAUUGGCAUCAAAGGAAUGUUCAAUUUGAUUGCCAGAGGAUUAAAUCGAUGGAGAAUGGAUGUCCAUGGUACGCUUCCCGAAGAUCUCAAGAAAAGAGGAGUUUACUGCCUCAAUGGAAAAAUUUUACCAGGCUAUUUCUUCCGAGAUGAUGCUUUAUUGCUGUAUGAUGCAAUUAAAAAUUACGUCACCAAGUACAUUAACCUUUACUAUGAUUCCCCGGAGAAAAUAGAAAAGGACUGGGAAAUUCAGAACUUUGGUCGCGAGUUAACGUUAUCACGUGAAGAGGGGGGAUGCGGCCUGCUGGGCGUUCCGUUUGACGGCAAAUUCGACAAACCAGAGCAGUUAAUCAUGGUGUUCACAUCCAUCAUCUAUACAUGUAGUGUCGCGCAUGCGUCAACAAAUUUCCCGCAAUACGACGAGUAUGCUUUCCCGCCAAAUUAUCCCGCUUCCAUGAACGGUGUUCCUCCUAAAGACAAGUCCUCCUUGACAGAGGCGGACAUUCUGUCUACUCUCCCAGACAAGAAAACAACGCUUGACGUUAUGACUGUGACUAAAAUUCUCAGCGAUCGCGGUACUAAGAGCCUGGGAGACUUUGAAGUGCAGUACAUCUUUGACCCAGAUGCAAAACGAAUAGUACAAGAGUUCAGGGAAGAAUUGCAAGAAAUUAGCAAGACAAUAAAAAGAAGAAACGAACAUAGAAAUCCCAAAUACGAAUGGCUAGACCCGGAAGUGGUUCCCAAUUCCAUCAGCAUCUAAGCUCUGACUUUUUAAUAAAAUUAAGCUUUUUUUUUAUAGCGAAUUAGUGCAAUAUUAAGAGAUGACAUUGACUAUAAAUAUAUAUGGACUUUAUAUAGUCUUAAUUGAUUAAAAUGUUCAAGGUCUUGCUUUUAUACUGAAUUAAUAUACGUAUAUAUAAAAGUACAUGUAUGUG